AUGCCCUCCCACCGGUGGCCAGAGGCCUGGGCCUCCCUGCAGAAGACGGUGGUCACCCUGUGCCUGCUGUGCAGCACGUCCCUGUCCCCCACGUGGGGGCAGGCCAGGAUUCCUCUGGAAACAGUGAAGCUGUGGGCAGAUACCUUCGGCAGGGACCUGUAUGACACUGUCACCAAGUACUCGGGCUCCCUCCUGCUGCAGAAGAAAUACAAGGACGUGGAGCCCAGUCUGAAGAUCAAGGAGGUGGAUGGCUUGGAGCUGGUGAGGAAGUUCUCAGAGGACAUGGAGACCAUGCUCCGCAGGAAAGUGGCGGCCGUCCAGAAUCUGGUCGAGGCUGCCGAGGAGGCCGACCUGAACCACGAAUUCAACGAGUCCCUGGUGUUUAACUAUUACAACUCUGUCCUCAUCAAUGAGAAGGACGCAGGCGGAGCCUACGUGGAGCUGGGGGCCGAGUUCGUCCUGGAGGCCAACGCGCACUUCAGCAACCUGCUGGUGAACACGUCUCUGAGCAGCGUGCAGCUGCCCACCAAUGUCUACAACAAAGACCCGGAUAUUUUGAAUGGAAUCUACAUGUCCGAAGCCUUGAACCCUGUCUUUGUGGAGAACUUCCAGAGAGACCCGACGCUGACCUGGCAGUACUUUGGCAGCUCGACAGGGUUCUUCCGCAUCUACCCAGGCAUCAAAUGGACGCCUGAUGAGAACGGGGUCAUCACCUUCGACUGCCGGAACCGCGGCUGGUACAUACAAGCUGCCACGUCCCCGAAGGACAUCGUGAUCGUGAUGGACACGAGCGGCAGCAUGAAGGGGCUGCGGAUGGCCAUCGCCAAGCACACGGUCUCCACCAUCCUGGACACGCUGGGGGAAAACGACUUCGUGAACAUCAUCUCGUACAACGACUACAUCCACUACAUCGAGCCUUGUUUUAAAGGGAUCCUGGUCCAGGCGGAUCGGGACAACAGAGAGCACUUCAAACAGCUGGUGGACAAGCUGAUGGUCAAAGGUGUGGGGGUCGUGGGCCAAGCCCUCAGUGAGGCCUUCCAGAUCCUGCAGCAGUUCCAAGAGGCCGGGCAAGGAAGCCUGUGCAACCAGGCCAUCAUGCUGAUCACCGAUGGGGCCGUGGAGGACCACAGGACAGUGCUGGAGAAAUACAACUGGCCGCACCGCAAGGUCCGGCUCUUCACUUACCUGAUCGGGAAGGAAGGAAGUUUUGCUGGCCGCCUGAAGUGGAUCGCGUGCAAUAACAGAGGCUACUACACGCAGAUCUCCACUCUGGCGGACGCCCAGGAGAACGUGAUGGAAUACCUGCAUGUGCUCAGCCGGCCCAUGGUCAUCAACCACGACCAUGACAUCACCUGGACCGAAGCCUACAUGGACAGCAAGGUGGGGCCCCAGGGAGCGCAGAGCAUGGCGCUGCUGACCACCGUGGCCAUGCCUGUCUUCAGCAAGAAGAACGAGACGCGAUCCCACGGCAUCCUCCUGGGUGUGGUGGGCUCUGACGUGGCCCUGAGAGAGCUGAUGAAGCUGGCGCCCCAGUACAAGCUCGGGGUGCACGGCUAUGCCUUUUUGAGCACUAACAAUGGCUACAUCCUCUCACAUCCUGACCUUCGACCCCUGUACAGAGAGGGGAAGAAACUGAAGCCCAAGCCCAACUACAACAGCGUGGACCUCUCGGAAGUGGAGUGGGAGGACCGGGCCGGAACCCUGAGAACAGCCAUGAUCAACAGGGAGACAGGGUCCCUCUCCAUGGACGUGAAGGUUCCGCUGGACAGAGGGAAGCGAGUUCUUUUCCUGACCAACGACUACUUCUUCACGGACAUCAGUGACACGCCUUUCAGUUUGGGAGUGGUGCUGUCCCGCGGCCACGGCGAAUACGUCCUCCUGGGGAACACGUCUGUGGAAGAAGGCCUGCACGACCUGCUUCACCCGGACCUGAGCCUGGCCAGCGACUGGAUCUACUGCGUCACGGACAUCGACCCCGAGCACCGCAGGCUCAGCCAGCUGGAGGCCGUGGUCCGCUUCCUGACCGGGCGGGACCCAGCCCUGGAGUGCGACGAGGAACUAUUGCAGGAGCUGCUGUUUGACGCGGUGGUGACGGCCCCCAUGGAGGCGCACUGGACGGCACUGUCCCUCAACACCUCCGAUGAGUCCGAGCAUGUGGUGGACAUGGCCUUCCUGGGCACCCGGGCCGGCCUCCUCAGAAGCAGCCUGUUCGUGGGCUCCGAAAAGGUCUCUGACAAGAGGUUCCUGACGCCGGCGGACGAGGCCAGCAUCUUCACCCUGGACCACUUCCCUCUGUGGUACCGCCAGGCCGCCGAGCAGCCUCCGGGCAGCGUGGUCUUCAACCUCUACUCGGCAGAGGGACCAGAAAAUACAGACAAGCCGAUGGUGGUGACCGUGAGCACAGCUGUAGCCGUCACCAUGGACAACAGGACAGCCAUCGCUGCAGCCGUGGGCGUGCAGAUGAGGAUGGAGUUCCUGCGGCGUACGUUCUGGGCGGCCACCCGGCAGUGCGGCGCUGCGGAGGGUCCGUGCCCGGAGAGCUGCCAGGACAGUGGCCUGGACUGCUUCGUCAUAGACAACAACGGAUUCAUCCUGAUCUCGGAGAGGCCCCAGGAGAUGGGACGAUUCCUGGGGGAGGUGGACGGCGCCCUCAUGACCCAGCUGCUCAGCAUGGGGGUGUUCAGCCGAGUGACCAUGUACGACUACCAGGCCAUGUGCAAACCUCAGACCCACCACCACAGCGCCUCCCAGCCCCUGGUCAGCCCCAUCGCUGCCCUCCUGACUGCUACCAGGUGGCUGGUGAACGAGCUCUUGCUGCUCCUGCUGGAGUGGAGCGCCUGGGGCUCCUGGCGUGGGGACAGCGGGGCCGAGGCCAAGGCCGUCUUCCAUCACUCCCACAAGCACAAGAAGCAGGACGUGCUGCAGCCCUGCGACACCACCUACCCCGUGUUCGUGCACGAGACGGCCAUCCAGGGGGCCAACGGCAUCGUGGAGUGCGGGGGCUGCCAGAAGACGUUCGUGAUGCAACAGAUUCCCUCCAGCAACCUUCUCCUCCUGGUGACGGACCCCGCCUGUGACUGCAGCGUCUUCCCGCCAGUCCUGCAGGAGCCUACGGAGGUCAAAUAUAACGCCACGGUCAAGUGUGACAAGAUGCGCUCCCGGAAGCUCCGCCGGCGACCGGAUGCCUGCCACGCCUUCCAUCCAGAGGAGAAUGCCCAGGACUGUGGCGGCACCUCGGACACCUCAGCCUCACUCCCCCUGUUCCUGCUGCCUCUGGGUGCCUGGGUACUGCUGCCCCAGCUGCUGCGGUGACCCCUGCUCCGGCCGGCCGGUUUUGACAAGGUGACCCUUCCAGAGACAUUGUAAAGAGUCAGCAGCUGAAGUGGGGUCCAGCGCUCUACACUUAGGUUCUCACCCAGGUCCAUGCUCAUCCAGUCUUGGGCUGAUGGUCCCCUGCCCCCGAGAUUGCUGGACGGAACCAGAAAUCACUCCCAGAGACCUUCCGGGUGCCUGGUACCGUCCACCCCGCGUCUCAAUGGGCAGCCUCCCUGCCCUCCUACC